GACCACUUCCUCCUCCGCGACGGUUGCCGGAGGCCGCAGAACGUUCCUCGACGGAGCGCUGCCGGCCUCUAGUCACGGGCCCAGAACUGGCGCGGGCGCAGGCAGCGCGGCGGACGGACCGCGGCUGACGGCGGCAGGACCCCGAGCUAGUGCCGCGUGUUGGGGUGGAAUGGAGCUGGUAGCGGGCUGUUACGAGCAGGUUCUCUUCGGGUUCGCUGUGCGACCCGCCGAGUCCUGGACAGUUGCCCCUGAUUUUACACAUCAUGCACACACUGCCUCGUUGUCAGCGGUAGCUGUGAAUAACAGAUAUGUGGUCACUGGGAGCAAAGAUGAGACAAUCCAAAUCUAUGACAUGAAAAAGAAGGUAGAACAUGGGGCACUGCUGCAGCACAAUGGCACAGUAACUUGUUUGGAGUUCUAUGGUACUGCACAUCUACUGAGUGGGGCUGAAGAUGGGGUAAUUUGUAUCUGGAACACAAAAAGAUGGGAGUGCCUGAAAUCCAUUAAGGCACAUAAGGGGCAUGUGACAUCUCUUUCUAUCCAUCCUUCUGGGAAAUUAUGUUUGUCAGUAGGAACAGAUAAAACAUUAAGAACUUGGAAUCUUGUAGAAGGACGAUCAGCCUUUAUCAAAAACCUGAAGCAAAAUGCCCACAUAAUUAAAUGGUCCCCUGAUGGAGAGAAGUACGUGACUGUGAUAACAAAUAAAGUGGAUAUCUACAAACUUGACACAGCUUCAAUCACUGGCACUAUCACAACAGAGAAGAGAAUUUCUUCACUUAGAUUUAUUACAGAUUCUAUUCUUGCCAUAGCUGGAGGUGAUGAAAUUAUAAGGUUCUACAGCUGUGACUCUCAGAAAUGCCUGUGUGAAUUCAAAGCUCAUGAAAACAGAAUAAAAGAUAUCUAUAGUUUUGAAAGAGAAGGACAGCACAUUAUUGUUACUGCAUGCAGUGAUGGUUACAUUAAAAUGUGGAAUCUGGAUCUUAAUAAGAUUAAAGAUGUACCAUCUUUACUGUGUGAAGUCAAUAGCAAAGCUAGGCUGACUUGUCUUGCAGUCUGGCUUGACCAAGCUUCAGAAAUUAAAGAAAACUCUGAUAAGGUUGCAACAUUGUCUCAAGCAAAUGAAGAUGAAAAACCAUCCAUAGUCAGGAAAAACGAAGGUUGUUGGACUGAUAAAAGUGGUAAAACAGCAAAAAGAAAAAGAAAAAUUGUUCCAGAGAAGCAAAAAUUGGAAGCUCCACUGCAAAAGAAGAAAAAGAAAUGGAAUAGCUCAGCAUGAAGGCAUUUUCUCAGACAAAAAGUAGAUGCUGGUGUUGCUGUAGUUUUUACAAGGAUAUAAACCUGUGGCAAUACAUAUACCUCUGAACUGAUCUGUUGAUUAAAAGUAAUGAAUGUUUUUACCCUAAUAAAUUGCCUAAUCAUCCUGGGAAGUAGCAAAAAAAACACCGCAACUUUUCCUAAGUGAAUGAGGCAAAAAUAAAUUCGUAAUAUGUAAU